AUGGGCAUGUCACCGGGCCAGGACCCGCCAAAAUUCCAUCUGAUUAGCGUUCCAAUUGUGCAGUGCAAACCCCCCGCUUUCCAUGUACUAUCCAGUGAUCUGACGAGCCGAAUAGCAGCACGAGAGCAGGCAGGUACAUUGACUCGAUUGCUCCAACCAGGAUCGGUGAAUAACUCCAGACUGUCCGAGGAACAAAAUUGUCACGCCUCAUACCCGACCAUUCCGCAAGAGUGCAUUGAGAGUACCCAUGCGCUGCUCACCGCGCAGGAUCACGCAGAAUUCCGCGCAAAGUACUUCAACACAAUUCCACUGAAAUCAAAUACUCAGCGAAAAUUUAUCGACCCAUCCGUGAUGCAUUACGGAGAUCAACAAGCGGCGUACAGCACAUCACAUGAACCAACCUCCAUGACCAAUGGGAUUGUGGACAGUACUGCACCGAUUGCACCCUGCCCGUUAGUUUCUGCUGAUCAAACACUUCUCCUCAACCACAAUUCAGGCUACCCUAAUUACUUAUCCGGUGCACACUCGUUUUCGGUCGAAUCUCGUCAACAGAGUGCUCCCUUGACGCAACCGUUCACGUUGGAUACGGGGUCGAAAUCCGAGGUGGAUAGUGGCACCGGGCAAAGUCUUUCUCAUUCCGAACCACACUGGAUGGAACAGUAUCUUAACGAAUUGUACAGUCGUAAACAGUGGCUUACUCAAGCGUUAUUUGAGGCCGAAAUCUCACUAAAGCGUUUAUUAUGUGAAGAAUCGGAAUUCUCUCAAAAUGCCGUUAACGAUACAACGCCCAAUUCCGGCCAACCGCAAUUACGGCGAGCUACCGUGGGCAUUGAACCCCCUGGGCUUCAAGCUGAACUAAAUGGAUCCAUUACCGUGGUUCGUGGGAACGAGGAACGAACAGAUGCCACCGUUCCGAGACGCUUACUGCGUUGGUGGCGUCAGAACAAACGCCGUUCGGUGGUCGAUUCGAAGCGUCGGCAAUCUAUGGGAUUUAUGAGUAUGCAUUGCCCUGAUCCGGCCAACGGCCUACCUCCAAUGGAGCUACGCACUCGUGGGAGUAGCAUGCCACCGAACGAAAGCCGAACAAAUGGUACAACAGAUGGCAAUCAGUAUGCCGGACGUUCGUCUAAUCGUGCAAGUCUGCGGUUGCAUCAGACUCCUGCGAACGGAUAUCAUUCCGAACAAGCCCCGAUGAAUUACCAUAGUUUAGCCGAUCAAUCUAACAUACGCCCAGCUUUCACCUCUGUUGCAAAUGCCACCCCACAUCCGAUUCAACCCCCCGUCUAUCAGUACGUCCCUAUCUUCCCUCCAAAUUGCAUCAGUGGGCCAAAUGGAGCUGAUAUGAUCGAGAAAUCCAUUCUCCCAUGUUCCCAACGGAUUCACUUUUUCCCAUGUCAACAAGUGACCACGACUAACACGAGUUCCAAUAAUAAUGCGAAUCCUGCAAAAGCCGAUACCCACAUGGCAGCAUCCACGGCGCUCGGGUUUGCCCCUUAUAUAAAUCAGGGCGAUGGCUCAGUGCAUGCGUGUCCAUCGGUGGUUGAAUCCGGUCUUGGAUCGCUGAAUCCACACAACUUGACCCCGGCAAUCGGUAAAGGGCCACCAAGUCGAUGGACCACAGUUCGGUGUCGACCUCUCUGUUCAACGACCCUGGCUGAGCGAUGCACUUCUCCACCUCCUCUUCCUCCCCGAGUCACAAUGGCCGGGGCUCGAAUAGAUCCGGUGCACGCUGCUGUCCUGACCAAUAUGAGGCAUCAGAUGCAACAUUCACGAGUUCCCCAAGGCACAGAAUGGACUCGAUCCGGGCUCGCGAUGCUCAGUAAUGGGUCAACUGUUUUGACUGGUCGACGCGGUGAUCAGAGGAUUGCAAGGCGCGAAAUGUCCAACCCGAACGGCCCCAUUCUAACGACUGUACAAGCAGCACCUCAUUUUGAACCUAUUCACUCCAGACAGAUGGCUGGAAAACAAUCAAAACGAUGGAAUGCGUCCCAGGUGACAUUCACUCCAAUUCCAAAAUCACACCCAAAUGCCGAUUUCAAUUCCCGAGCCCGAUUUCCGUCCGUUGGCAAUCCCACCACCUCUUCGCGAAUCAUCAACGGGUACGAGAUUUGUCCACAAACCGCGGCGUUUGCUCCGCGCAGGGUCCAAUCGGCUAAUGUGCGCACACCAGCCUGGGGGGAUCAGCUGGUACAUCCGUCCGAGUCUACCCGAAAUCCUUUUGUAGAACCGCUAUGGCAACUACGGCUAGGGGGGCAGUUACAAAAGGACCAUCCCAUGUUUACGGUUGGUCCAAGUAACGGAACGGGUAAAACUGGUCGAACAGUAGUACCACAGACUAUUGAUCAUUCGUGCAAUUGUUUACCAGAGUGGCGUUCCGAGUGCGGAAUGGACGACGCAAAAGACAAUCCUAAGUAUUUAGGCCGUUACGUGUGGAUAACUUCGGCUGUUUGA